GCGGGACCUGUUUAUAUGGAAUAUGAGCUACGUCAGUACAGUGCAUCAAGCUGGAUGUCCACCAACACAGCAGGAGUGGACUACAGUAAGGCCUCCAGUACCAACUUCAUGAGACUGUUCAGAUACAUCAGUGGAACCAACACUGACAGUCGUUUGGUGGAUAUGUUAGAGACAUUAAGGAGUGGAUUAAAGAGGCCAUUAAGCUCGGUCAGGCGAUCGGGGACACCAGUAAAUACCACACUGAGUUCUCCUACACUGCCGGUUAUGACAGUCCAUUCCGAUUCCUCAACAGACACAAUGAAAUCUGGUUCAUCGCCAAACAGCAAUAGACAUUUGCAACAAUAUUUAGGUCUGGAGACAGAAUAAAUUAUGCUCAUUUCCAAGAAGUUAACGACAAUCAUUUAAAACAAGAAUGUAUCAAAGACUAAAAAACAAUUAUUAAGAUUUUAACCUGACUCUUUUCCUUUAAAACGUAACAUUUUCUGCAUAUGUUAAAGUGGCCUCUAAUGUUUAUUAGAUUCUUCAAUCUUAUCAAGAAAUUAAUAUUUAGAUAAAGAUAUGCAUAUCAGUUGAACAAGAUACCAGGUGCAUACUUUUGAUGAAUUGAUUUGAAGUAGGAUUUGAUAGAUGGAGGACAAUUUCUCAAUUUAGCAUGACGAUCUAAGUAACUUGACUCAAAUAUAUACAUAUUGUAGGUUUAUAUUCAAAUGCACUAUGCAAAAUGCCCCAGUGGGGUAUUUCUAAAUGCAACUUUUGUAUAUAUACUUUCCACGCAUAUCCAUGUAUUUUGUGUAGUGUAUCUGUUAAAACAUAGAUCUGUUCAAAACAUUUGCAUAAUCAUCAUAGAGAUUUUUGUAAACUUUUUAUAUGCAUUGUUCUAUUUUCACGUUUUUGGAUAUUUAUUUCUAAAUGCUGCAAUUUUUUCUGAAGUGUUGUGAUAUAUUUUUUCUUCAAAUAAAACAAUUUUGUACAUAU